AUCUCAGACAAACAUGUUGCCAGGUUCGCAAGAUCCCAGAUCCUACCCUAGACCAGUUAGUGCGGUCUAUCCAUGGUCCUUCCAACCGUCUGCUCACAACAAUGGCUACACUCCCAUGCCACAGCCAUUUAGCCCGGCCCCGACCCAGCCUCCUGGUCGCAAUAACGGUUAUACUUUUAGGCCUUAUCCAUCUAAUCAGUGGUCUCCUCCGUCUCCUAACCAACCGCCAACACAGCGUUCAAACAAUUGGGUCGAUAACCAAGAACCUAGAGAUCGAAAUCAAGAAUUUGACUUAGUAGACUUUCAGAGUUUACCAGAUAGUUAUAAAACUGCCUUCAUGUCUGUUGAAGAGCUAGUUAGAAACAGAGGAAUGGUUUCACCGCCAGGUCCUAAUUCCGGAAAUGUUGUGGUAGCUUUUAAUCAACAAACUCAAGAAUUAUUUGACCCAUCCCUGCAGUCGAUUGUGUCAGAUAUUCUGCCUACAUUAGUUCCUGGAGCGUGGAGAUCAAUGACUUAUGUGCAAGGCUGCUGUUCGGCGCUUAGAUACCACGCAGCGAAUGAGUCACUGGCGAACAUAAACGGUCAGCAGAAAAGGAUUGUGCAUUUCUCGAAAUAUAAUCCUCCAAUGUAUCAAUUUAUACCACACGGACUCUGCGCCAACAGUGGUUAUUCUUCGUACGGCAACUGUCUUCAAGGCUCAGUCACGAUGAGCUUGCUUGUGUACGACCUGAGGUUCAACCCACCGAUCUCCUUUGACAUCUUCAGCAUCCCUUCGUACUGCAACUGCGUCCAAUACUAA